UCUGGGAAUUUUAAUGCGGCUACAGCGAUAACUGCCCAGAAAUGUUUUCCAAAGUAAAAAGAAGGGAAGGAGAAGGCGACCCUGAAGAAAUGUGCAGUGCUAGUACGCUCACCGUUAAGACUUCAUCAAGCAAAAGCACUUGUGGUGCUGAUUCGCAUUUAACUUCUCCAAAUCUCAAGAACUCCAUGGAAUCAACGCCUUAUGAUUCUCCCUGUCUUGUAUCUCCAUCUUCUUCAGCAUUUGUUUCAGCCUUACAGUCUCCGCAUAUAUCUCCGAGGCAACAACCACCGACCACCGUCACCCAUCCUUCGCCGCCGUUUUCGUACAGAGGUUCCCAGUCUGAAGACAUUCCUAGCAGUUCCUACACACCGCCGUCGGAUCCCUACGAGUUCUCCGAUGACACUUCUGAUACGAAGCUCAAAUUUGUGACUUGUGUUCCCGUCCCUGACCCGAUUCCUCCACGCAUUUCAUUCUCGUUCCCCGUACCUCGAACUUCGUUCGCAAAAAGCUCUUUCUCGGCGGCUUCAAAUGCCAAACUUACCAGUUGUGACGUUUACAUUGGUUUUCAUGGGCACAAUCCCAAUUUGAUACGCUUCUGUAAGUGGCUUAAAUCGGAGCUUGAGCUUCAAGGGAUUGACUGUUUUUCUGCGGAUAGAGCAAAAUACUCAGAUAGUCAGAGCCAUGAGAUCGCAGAUAGAGUCAUUUGCUCAGUGACAUUCGGUUUAGUUGUAGUCACUCCUUCAAGUUUUAUAAACCAUUGCAGCAUGGAGGAGAUUAGAUUCUUCGUUCAAAAGAAGAACUUAAUUCCACUCUUCUUUGAAGCUUCACCUACUGAGGUUAUGGCUCUUGCAGACUGCAAUUCAAUCAACAAAGAGUGUACAGAGGCAUUGGAUGGAGUUAUGCAAUCUCAUGAACUGAAGCUGGAGGCCAUUGAUGGUAACUGGGGACGUUGCAUAAUGAAAGCUGCGGGGAUUCUUAGAUCAAGACUUGGACGGAAGAGAGAAGGGUUCGAGAACAAACAAGGAUUUGAGAGUUUACCUUUCCCCAGAAACGCAUUCUUUGGUGGAAGAGAGAAGGAGAUUAUGGAGAUUGAAAGUCUCUUCUUUGGUAACGGAAAUUGUCCAGAGCAAGGUCAUUCUACAGCAACCAUCAAAGGAGAGGCCAGUGGGCAAUCUGAAGGACUUGCUGAUGAAGAAAGCGACCACGUGAAUAGUAGAGGAGGGAGAUUUAUCUGUCUAGAGAUGGACAAGAGCAGAGAUUCAACUUUCGAAUCUUGGGUUGAUGUUGAACCACUCAAGGGAAAAAAUUCUUUCAAGAGGAAACAAAAGAAGUCAAGAAGUGGUAACUAUAAGAGCUUGAGUAGCACUGUGAUUUGCAUCAAUGGGGUUUCUGGGAUUGGAAAAUCAGAGCUGGCACUGGAAUUUGCUUACAGAUUCUACCAGAGAUACAAAAUGGUCUUGUGGGUCGGUGGGGAAGCUCGGUAUCUCAGGCAGAACAUACUGAAUCUGUCUCUUCAUUUAGGUGUAGAUGUUGGUGCUGAUUCUGAGGUUGAAAGGGGCGGAACCCGUAGCUUUGAAGAGCAAGAAACCGAAGUUUUCAAGAGAAUCAAGAGGGAGCUGUUCAGUGAUAUGCCUUAUUUACUUAUAAUUGAUAAUCUUGAAUCUGAAGAGGACUGGUGGGAAGGAAAGAAUAUGCAUGACUUGAUUCCCAGAAACACAGGAGGUACUCAUGUGAUUAUUACCAGUAGGCUGUCAAAAGUGAUGAACUAUGAUACAAUUGAGCUUCCACCACUGCCACUAUCUGAUGCAAUGAUGUUGAUCAGAGGAAGAAAAAAGAGAGAGUAUCCAUCUGGCGAGGUAGAAUUCCUUAAAACAUUUAACAAGAAACUGGGAAGAUUGAGCUUUGGUCUAUGGUUGAUUGGUUCAUUGUUAUCUGAACUUGGAAUAACCCCUUCUGCUCUUUUUGGCACGAUAGACCAGAUUCCACUUGAAGAAGAUUCUCCUUCUUGUUACAUGAGCAUUGCAGAAGAACAGCACCUCAGGAACAACCCUUUCCUUAAGAAGAUCCUUGAAUUCAGCUUCGGGAUUCUGGAGAAAAGCAGAAGAAAACAGAACUUCCUAGCCAAAAGAAUGCUUCUUGUAAGUGGGUGGUUGGCCCCGUCUCCAAUUUCAGCAAGUUUGUUAGCUAGUGCGGCUAACAGUAUCAUCCCUAGGACAAAAACUCUGGAUGUUACAUUCAAUUGUUUGUCAUCAAAAGCAUGGAAAAGCGAAAAUGAUUCAGCAAUGCUUCUGGUGAAAUUGGGACUGGCGCGAAUAGCCAGCAAAAACGACGAACACUGCAUCAUCCAUUUUCAUCCCAUAACACAGGCAUUCGCGAAAAAGAAAGGUGGUUUACAAUCUGCCAAAGCUAUUGUUCAAGGAGUGACUAGAAAAACAAGUAAUCCCUAUAUAAUAAACGCAGAUCAUUUCUGGGCAUCAGCUUUUCUUGUGUUUGGGUUCAAAUCUGAACCCCCACUAGUCCAACUUCAAGCAACAGACAUGGUUUUGUACAUCAAAAGAACAGCCCUACCACUUGCAAUUCAAGCCUUCUCUGCCUUUUCCAGAUGCAAUUCUGCAAUGGACCUCUUGAAGGUGUGUACAGAUGCACUGGAAGAAGCUGAGAAAUCAUUUGUGUCUCAGAUCCAAGAUUGGUCAUACGAAUCGAUUUGCUGGAAACGAAGGCUCCAACGAGGCAAUAAAGUGGAUGAAUAUGUGUGGCAAGAGGUCACCUUGCUUAAGGCAACAUUACUGGAAACAAGAGCCAAGUUGCUAGCUAGAGGAGGACUUAUUGACAGUGGAAAAGAGCUGUGUAGAACUUGUAUAAGUAUCAGAACUGUAAUGCUGGGCCAUAAUCAUGCUCACACCUUGGCUGCACAGGACACAUUAGCGAGACUUGUGAGAAUGAGGAGAAAGAUUUGAUGAAGAAUUUUAAGAAAAAUUUAUAGAAUCUUCUUUUCUCGUUCUCUGUACACCUUUUUUUUCCUCUGCCUCUCAAUGUAUCCCAUAACUAGUUAACUAUUUUCUUCCCAUUUCAGCAUUUAACUUAAAAAAAAA